UCUGUUAAAACUUUUCCAGUGCAUGUCGGAGCAGAUUUGACAGAGAUCCAGGCUAAGCAUGGCUUUAGAUUUGUGGAUCCAUAUGUAAAGAAGACUAUUCUCAACUUGAAUGGAAGUGUGUGGCAUGUCAAUCCAGAAACGAUCAGCGCUUUCACAGUUGCUGGGGAUUCGCUAGUUACUCACCGAGUUGUAAGCAAUGAAGAUCAGAAUUUGACGGUGACCUCUGAGAAAACCAUUUCAGUGGAGGGACAUGAGGGCUUGCACUUUGAUGGAAAAAUGUUUUACUUUGAUGCUGAUGAAGGUGUGGACAUUUCGUCAAGCUUGAACAAAGAAAUCGUUUUUGAUGCAGCAAAGGGAGUUUAUUUUGACGGUGAUGCCCUUGCCACACCCACUGGAGCCCCAGUCGCCUCCUCUAAUCGGUUCAAGUUGUGUGCCUGUUUGAACACUGGAAAGCUUUUCCGUGUAGCUGUCAACUCAAGUUUCUCAACCUGUACAACUGUUGAGACUUUUUGUUAAUCAAGUACCAGUGAGAUGAGAUUAGUUUUAAUAGAACAUGGCUAAAGUUUAGGCUUAAUAAGAGUAACUCAAUUUGCCACUUUACAAAUGAGACGAAAUCUGGGGUAAGCCUUAUCUUGCAAUCCCUUGUGGUACCUUUACUAGGGACAAUAUGGCUUCUCAUCUUUUGUUUUGUUCCCAUCAACACAAGCGACUAGGAGAUUAGACUAGCCCCACAGAUUUCUUCUUGUUUCUAAAGUGGUAAAUUGGCAGACAGACUAGUGUAGUCUAGCAAUGGUGAGGUAUUACAUUCACAGAACACAAAAGACCUGGAAAAACAUACUCCUUGGUCGGUUAGGUUCAAAAUUCACAGUUAAAUUCCCGUUACUGUGCUUGCUACACAAGCUAGAUUGUCCAGAAGUAAGGUUCAAAGAAACUUUUUAUACUAAGUUAAACAUUUCAAGCACGAUACACUUGUUAAAAGGUUUUCUUUAUUUUAUGAUGUUGCUUUUUUGGGGUCAUAUGCUAAUAGGACAUAAUUGGAUGGAGGGCUAGUCCUUUGCUAGCCCAAUGAUCCCGUCAAAAGUUAACAGAGUCUAUCGAAAGGAACGGUCAAAUGAAUUGGUUAUAAGUUUAACUCUGUAUUUAUCAUUUGUUUAACUUGCACCUCUGAAUUUUAUAUUAGUUGCCAUCUCUUUUCUAAGCACAGUGUGUUUUAUACUUUUAUAGCAAAGUUGUACAGUUUUCUUACAAGUUUUAAGUUAUUUGCACCAUUUUUACGUGAUGGAUUUUGAAAAGGUUCUGGUAAAAAUGUAAUUUGGGAACAGAAGAGUUGUCUUGCAACAUGCAGUGUUGUUUUAGUUUGCUGGGAGGGGUUAAGGGAAGCCUCUAAACCUAUCCUAGGUUAUUUCUCUCGUUUUUAACUAUUUCGAGAAUAUAUAUUUUUGUGGAUAACUGGCUUACUAAGCCGAAUGUUCUCUUUUAGAUGUUAUGCUGUAGGGAAUGCAGAGAACGGCCUUGCAGGCUGCGUCUUUUGAACACCCUUGUAAUAGUGUAAUCAUAACUCGACUCAGUGGUUUAAACAUGGUUGCCACAGGUCAAGAAAUGGUCUGGGAAAAAAAAUUCUUCAAAGUCAGGGAAAAGUCAGGGAAUUUAA